AUUUGGAAUGUCUUUGAAAGUGAAGGUAACUUUUUUUAUACCAUGAUCAUAAUCCUUCUCCCCUUUGAUUAUAGCUCUGAGCAUAACCACUGCACUGAGACCAACAUCCAGGCUAUUCACACUGAAUUUCACCUUGACCAACCUGCAGUACACGGCAGAUCUGGAUGCACCAAGCUCCCCCAAAUUCACUUCCACAGUAAAAGUUAUCAACUAUUAUAUUGACCGUCUUUUCAAAAGCAGCAGCAUAAGCUCUGUCUACACAGGAUGUAAAGUGAUGAGAUUUAGGUCUGGGAGACACAGGGAUGACACAGGCAUAGACGCUGUGUGCAGCUACAACAACAAUGCCAGUCUUGCCACGUUUGACAGAGAAAAGGUUUAUCAUGAGCUCAGCACCAUGACAAAUGGCAUCACCAGACUGGGGCACUACAGCCUGGAGAAGAACAGCCUGCACAUCAACGAUUUCUCCCUCACAGACACAGCUAUGGCCAGAAAGCCCAUCUUGAUUGAAGCUCCAGCCCAAUCAGGCUACAGUUUGACCUUUAGAAUAGUCAAUGAAAACCUAACUAACCCAGACUCUCAGUCUCCAGAAUACAAAGCAGCAAUGGAAAGCAUCAGUAACAAGGUGAAUCAGCUGUACCGUCAGAGCAACCUGCAAGACCAGUUCCUGAACUGCAGUAUCACAAGGCUGAGGGCUGGAUCCAUAGUGGUCGACUGCAAGUGCUUCUUCCAGUCAGCACCCAACAUCAACAGAGCUGUGGUUGAAAGGGUUUUUCAGGACAGCACUUCAAAUGCAACUGGACUAUGGCUGGGAAGCAGUUACCAGCUGCAAGGGUUCUCAGUAGACAGCUUGGAACUAGCAAUUGAGCCAGCAACUUAUGAAACACCCCUCAAGACCAAGGAAGAAAAGUUCAGAUUAAGUUUCAGAAUCUCCAACCUUCCCUACUCCCCGGAACUGCAGGACUCCAGGUCACAGAUGUACCAAGUGAACAAAGAGAAAAUUGAGAAAGAGCUUGAUGUACUCAGAACUAGCAGCCUGCAGGACUACUUUGCUGGCUGUACCCUUGAGAGCUUUGGGCCUGUCAGUGGGAAGACUUACACAAGUGUUGCCUCCAUCUGCAAGCUCACACCCGACCCCUUCUCGAGAGGUUUGCAAAAGCAAGAGGUGUAUGAGGAGCUGAAACACCUGACACAUGGAUUCACCAAGCUGGGCCCCAGCUAUGAGCUUGAAGAGCAGAGUCUGGUUGUUGAAGGUUACUCUCCAGUCAAGACAGAUGAACAGCCUGAAAGAUCUGGGCUACAGUUCUGGGCAAUUAUCCUCAUCUGCAUUUCCAUCCUGUUUGGCUUCGUUCUCCUCCUCUUGUUAUGCUUCCUGAUUGUCUUUUGCCUAAGAAGAAAGUCACAUCUCUACCAGGUUCAACAAGGCAUGUAUGGCGUGUACUUCCCACAUCUGAGCACAAGAAAAGUGCAUUGACAUGACAGUCGGUCUGUCCUCACAGACCUGCUUGUCCAUUGAUGAAGG